UUUAAUCGAUCGUACUUUCUUAGUAAUUGUGGAUCUAGUAUGUGGAAUAAUUCUCCAUUGCAUAAGCAGAAUAUAUAUACGGAUAUAAGCCUUAUUAAUUGAAUAAGUACACAAUAUGAAAAUGCGAAUUUAAAAAAUUUAAUUUUAUAAGCCUUUAAAAAAGAAACCUUAUACCGUUAAAUUUUGGGAGUUAACAACUCGUUAACAAAAACUUUAAAAUUAAAACUUUAAGCGUGCAAAAAAGCCAUAAAUUAAUUUAACAAAAAUUUUAAAAAUUUUGUUUUAAUGCAAGCUGUCUAUACUAAACAAAGCGUGGAGGCCUCGGGUUUCGCAGGACUCCAAUCCUCUCGCAUUACUGAGAUUUUCCAUGGAUACCCGUAUAAUCAGUCGAGCUCAAAAAAGAUAAUUUCUUUAUCUACUGAAAAUAAUAAUAACAAUUUAAUAUCUGCCGACAUGGAACUUUCUUUACGUCAUUGCCAUGGUCUUAAUACAAGUACGCAAGAGGUUGAACAACAAAACAAAAUUCUACAGCAUCAUGUGGAUCGCCCAGCCCAUUCAAUUAAAAAAAAAGUCAAUCAUAAAAUUGUUACAUCUAUAGAUGAAUGCCUAAAUAAUAGUGAGGACAUUUAUUGCAGUAAGAUGUUACCUAGUUUCAGAACAUCGAAAACUUAUCGAAGACGACUUGCUACGCCUGAAGAACAGAAAACAUCCUUCAAUCGAUCAUACAUUUGCACUGAUAAAAAAUCAGGGCGUACAGAAAUGCUUACUACGCGGCGUGCAGGAUCUGCUACACUUGAUAUUGAUAUAACAGAUUUCGAUGCGUACGCUUCCCAUUUAGGACGUCGGCUUGUUGCAGCUUGUGAAAAGAAGAAAAAUGAGCAACACAUUGAUCUUGCUGAUGAAUAUGUAGAGGCACCUGUACGAUUUUCCAAGGCAUUUAUAAACAGUAAUCGUGAUUCGAUUACCACUGAUGAAGGAUUCAUGGUAGUGAAAAAGGAGAAAGAAGUUAAAAGCUCCCUUGGACGAGUUCGCCGAAAAAUUACUUUAACGGGUAUAAACCAAGAAAACAUUCAACUUUGAUGCAUGGGUGGUUUAACAACGUCCUGUAAAUAUGAAUGAAAUGUAUACUGUCUAUAAAUACUCGAAAGACCUUUGCUAUAAAGUUGAGCCUGUCAGAUUUAGUACCAUCCUUUCCUAAUGUCAUUGGGUUUAUCGCAGUAAACUUGAAAUUGACUAAAAGAAUUUUAGUUAUUGAUUACAUUGUUAGUAUAAUUUUUUUAAACGUGCUCCAAGUAAUUUAUUGACAUGAUUUAAUAACUGUUAGUAGUUUUGGUUUUAAUGUUAGUAAAACAAUUUAAGUAUAAGACAAAAGCUACAUAUUUUCUACCUAGACGUUUGAUGUCGAAUAGUGACAUAAAUGUGGGUGAGUUAGUAAAAUUUUUGAUGUUCAACUAUGAAAGCAAAAUUGUAUUCAUCGUACACAUGAUUUAUGAUACAUUCAUUUCUAAAAUACAGAUAAAUCAAGAUAAAAUUUUUUAUUUAAGAUACAUAGGGGAAUCCAAUCAUUUCUUAAAAAAUAAUUAACAUAUUAAAGCAUGAACAAGCUUUCUUCAACUAUGCCCAUCUCCUUUUCUGGUAAGUUUUGACUAAGCUUUGAUGGUACAGACGUACAACCAGUAGUUUUUUAGACCCAUUGAACUUUAAUUUUUUUCGAAAUUAUUUGAAUGGGUGAAACGUAGCGAAUGAGUGCGUUAGGUUACGCAGACAAAGAGGUUUUUGCGGAAGAUUGUCAGUUAAAAAAUUUCGCACGACUUCUCCUCCGCAUAGCUCAGCAAGUUCAUGAAACUUUAAAUAAUCCCAAGCUCCUUGAUACUAACUUUGAUGCUUGGGGUCCAAUGCUUUCUAAAAAUGAGUAUGAUGGGAGGCUAUCACCAAAUCACACGAAUGAUUCGGUGGAAAACACCGAAUCAAAUGGUUCGCGAAUUAUAGAAAAAGCAGAUUUAUGUUUUUUUUUUUGGCAACUUAUUCGAAAUUGUCGCGAAUUGAUUUUAAAAGGAUUAGUGCUAAUAAAUAUUGUGGAAAAGCCAAAAUUUCAGUUAAUAAUGAAUCAUACUUUAGAAACAGCUUCAAAGUAUUAUGAGAAUCAGGAAAUUUUCCGAAAAUUUGGGCAGCAAUUCAACUCUAUUCAAUGGCCUCCUCACGGUUGGGGAGAACCUCCGUGCCCUCCCUAUGCCAUUGACGUUUCUAUUGAUAUUCUUUGUGGAAAAGGAAAUUACAGAAGACUCCCGAAAUUGUUAGAAGAAGUCGUUAAACAGGUUGGAGAGGUGGAAACAUCGAUAGGACUGGCUUUGGAUGAAAAAGAACGAUUGGCCUUAGAACGUCGUAUUAAAGUUGAGGUAACGACCAUGUGGGCUUUGUCCAAAUGUCCCAAAAAAAAAAUGCAAUUUGUUUUAAAAAAUGGAAUGAUAUUUUUGGUUGUACCAAAUGAGUUUUCUAUUAAUGCUAUUUUCGAUUUACAACGGUUUCAGGUUAUAGAGGCGAAAAUAUUAGUCGGAUCCACAACGUUUGGUAUAGAAGUGUCACCGUUUUUGAAUACUGGUUUCAAAAAUUUUUUAGACCAGGCUAUUGGUUUAAUAGAAAUGCGGUAUCAUUUCGCAGUGGAAGCAGUCAAAAAUAAGCUUCGAGAGCUAUGGAACAAGAAAUUAAAUGCCAAAAUAGUUGAAAAUGGCACAGACGACACACUAGUCAUUCAAAAUUCCAAUGAUGAAAUGAAAUCCCUUGAGGAAUCUCUUAUUUCAUUGUUGUGUUGUGAAGAUAGCUUAAUAAAUGAAAAUUUAGACAAUAACAACUUAUUUGACAACAAGGAGGCAGAUAAUAAUGUUAGAUUUCAUCCAGACGGUAUAUAUGGUGAAUUCGGGGAAAAUGGUACAAAUAAUAAAAAAAUCCAAACUGCAAAUGAAUUGAAUUUGGUGAAAGAAUCUGAAAUAAAACGUUUUCCAGAUUAUUUUUUCGAGUGUUUUCGUUUGGGUCGAUGGGUUUCAGGUUUCUUUAUAUUGACGCUUUUAAGAGAUCAAGCUUUAAGAGCAUGUAGUUUUUCCUCAGUUUAUCCAGGGUGUAUAAAGACAUUCAAGGAGAUUGGAAAAAAAGAAUUGUCUUGUUUUCAUAUGCAAAAUAUAGCUGACGUCACUAUCAAGGCGUUAGAUCUCUAUAUAGUGCCGUGUUUUGACCCAACUUGUGGGGGACUUUUAUCUCCCUUACUUUGUUUGUUGUUUGAGGUUCCUCUUUUAAGAAAAGAAAUUGAUCCAAAUCAUUACUUAAGCUCUUCCUUUUUGGAAGAUUAUAGCAAUGGCUACACCAUGCUAAAAAAAAUAUCAACAGUCACGUCAGGUAUACAACAUUAUGAAUUAUCUGGAUCUGGAUCCAUUCUUCGUAUUGGUUUUGAAGUACUCGGUGGAGACUGGAAACUGAUUUUGUGGCCAGUAUCCCCACUAUUAGAAAUAUUAAAAUUUGUUACCAACACUAGCGCUGAUGAGAAUUCAAACACACAAAAGAAUGCCCUUCGUACUGUAAUAAAGAAAAAUUUAUUGUUUGAUGCUUCUUAUGUGUACGACGCUCUUCUGGACUGUCAUAGCUACCACUUUAUGAAAAAUUUUAAUGCCGAACAUCUUGAAUUAUCCCUUUGGACUCGACACGCAGCAAGUUUACUUGCCACUCUCACGCUUGCCACAGUUGCGUCGUUUAUUAAAUCACAUUCAACGACAUCAAGUCAAAUGAUUGAGGUCUAUCUAAAGAACGAAUCAGAUACUUUUACUACAUUACACAAUAGAAAAUUCACCAGUUUAGACUGCAUUUUUUUUAAAAAAUACCUCACGCAUCUACACGUGGACCCUUUUGAUGGAAAAUUGUGUAUUUCUUUUUCAACAUUGCAUAAAAAAACCUUGAAUUGGCUACGUCUAGGAAAUGUUGAAUAUGAUUCCCAAAUAGCAACGGCCAUCUCAAUGGGGUCUUUAGGUUCCCACGGACUAUUACGGUUACUACCUUAUUUGACUUAUAUUGCUUUUGUGCAAUAUUUAGAAGAAACCUGUGCAACACAUCAAUGGGAGACCGACUUUUCAUUACAAACUACUCUUGAUGAGCAUUUAAACACUACGCUUUCUUCACAGAUGCAGAACAACGAAAGCAGUCAAUUCAUAGAGCAUGGUUACCGAUUCCCUACUUCGUCUUUUAUAGAUGCAGAGAUUGGAAAAAAUCGAAACGUUUCUGUUAUUCCACCACCUGAUAAUGUGCAUAUGACUGAAUUGUUGUAUACAUUAAAAAAUAGUUUUAAACUAACAUCAUCCAAAGAACUUUCGCGCUCAUUUUGUUUUGUUUACAAGCGCGAGUCUAAUCUUUGCCUUUGUAUCUAUGGAAAUACUACGGCUCAAUGCGAACUGGAAUGUGUAAAACUCGUAGUAACGCGUGUUGCCCCAUCAAAAUGA